ACUACGUGAUGUAAACACCCGCCGAAUCGCGUGCCGUGUAGUUUUGUUUUUGCCUUUUCCUUGUGACACUUCCAAUUUGGAUUUUGAUACAGUGAAAAAAGUGAAAGCAAUGUUGAGAAACAAAAUCAACUAAACCAAGACAAAAGUUGGCUUGAAAAUUCCAGUUAUCAGGAGAUUUCCAAAUCUUUAUAUUCUUCUAAUGACAAUAACGAUUGGACUGAUAGCUCUGAGACUGAAGAUGAUGACGACAAAAUUGUUAAAAAUAACAAAGAAGAAAAUGCUGGUUGUAGCAAGUCAAUUGUUUUACAAAAAACAGAAAAUAAUAGCAGGGUUCCUUCUGCAAUCAAGGAUGUAAGCAACAAUGAUAAUCUGUUCUUUAUAGACAAGGAUAGGAAUAAGAUGUUUUAUUCCUUGAACAAAUUGGAACGUGGUUUGAAGCCAUACUACAAAUUAUCUAAUAACAGAUUAGGUUUUAAAUCUCAUAAGCCAAGAAAACAUAAGAAUUUUCAAAGGUAUCAUGUAACAAAUUUGGAUAAUAACCAAAAAAAAGUGAAAAAAGAUUCAAAUGUAAAAAGUAACGACGUAGAUGAUGAUCCUUCAGAAAAAACUGUCUAUUUGAGUAAUUUUGAAGUUGAGGACAAGCAAAAAGUUAUUAUUGAAGAAUUCAACAAAAAACUUGCCAAAGACCCUAAUGAUGUUCAAGCAUGGAUAGAAUAUGCCUCUUUUCAAGAUCAAAUGCACUCAAAACAUCUAAAACAAAUUAUAAAACAAAAAAAACUAUCUAUCAUUGAAAAAGGCUUAGCAGCAAAUCAUAACUCUAUUAAACUAUUAGAAAUUAAAUUACAUUUAUUGGCAAAACUUUUACCAGCUGAUGAGUUUUGUCAACAGGUUGAAGCAAUGAUUCAAAAAGAUCAGAAGAACAUUAUCUUAUGGCAAGCUCUCAUAAAGAUGACACGAACCUCUUGUGCUCUUUGCAAAGUCUCAAGUAUCUUAGACUUGUAUGUCAGGUGUUUUUCAAUUAUGAAACAGAGAUCCAAGCAAAAUCCUAAAUAUUAUGAUCAUCAAGUCUUACGUCUGCUGUUUCAAUGUUUAAUAUUUUUGAGACACGCAGGGCUUUGGGAGCAAAUGUGGGAAAUAAUACGUAUAAAUCUUUGUUUGAACCUACCAUUGGAUCACGAUACUCUCAAAUCUAUAAAUACAAUCGAUGAAAAAGUCCUAAUUAAUAUGGAAGAAUUGGUUUUAACUUCAAAACUACCUUUGAAUCAAUUAUGGCUACGCAUUGAAUCACUUAGAGAAAGUUGCCAUUGGACCAGUGUCGAUCUUAAAAAAGUCGACAUUAGCCUUAUUGGAGAUGAGAGACGAUUGGUAUCUGCUGAAGAAACAACCGAUUUUAUUUAUCCAACAAUCUCUAAGGAUUCAAGUUUUAGACUAAUAGUUUUUUCUCUUCUUUCUUUAAAAGUACCAUUGUUACCUACUCGCCAUUGUACAAUCAAAGACUUAGAACUCGAAGAUUAUUCUUGGUGUAUUGAUUCCCUGGAAUCUGUACUACCAAUGAUUUAUUCAAUAAUUUGGAAAAAUGAAUUAACCAGUCGCUUAAGUGAUAAAUCUGUGAUUGCAGAUUUACUUGAAGGAAAAUUAAUAUCAGGACCUCAGUAUUUGAAAUUUCAUCCAGCACAAGAAUCAUUUCUAGAAUUCAUAAGAUCAGUAUUUCAUACUGUAGCAGAAAAAUUACCACCAUCUCAGAGAACAUCUAUUCUUAUAUGGUGGCUGAGAUUGGAAAGACUAUUAGUUAAUAUUGCUAAAAGCGAUGCUUUAUGUGCAACUAACAGAAAUAAAAAGUUAAAGUCUACUAUCAAGAGUUUUUUGAAAAAAGCAGAAAAUAGAAAUAAUUUGCACUUUUAUCGUGAAUUUGCACUAAUAGAAUAUGAACUUGGUUCUUUGGACAGCUGUUUACAAAUUUUAAAAACUGUUAUUCAGUCACAAGAUAACAGUUCAUUAGGACAUGAAGACAAGGCGGCACUUUUUAGUUUAUACAGAACAAUUUUAGAAAUUUUAUUGAUGUCGAAUUCUGAAGAUUUUAAGUUAGACAUCUUUAAAGAUAUAAUGAAAAGUUUAAAAAUAUAUGUUUUCACAUGUUUUAACUAUGAUUCCAAUAUGUCGGUAGAAGAAAUGCUGUACAAUGAAAUUUUAAGAUUUUUAAUGAAUCCAAUCACAGAUGAACUUGAAGAAGAAUUCUUUUUACCCAACAUUUACUGUGAUAUCUUGCUUUGCUAUUCAUACUUAUUGCAUUACAAAAGUAAUAAUUUUGAUAACGUUGACGAUAUUUUAGAUUUGUGUGAUAGAUGUUUGAUGCAUUGUGCAAAAUGUGAGCGAUUGCAAGAAAGAUUUUAUGAAACGAAAGUAACAUUUAUACAAUUUUAUCAAAGUAGAGUUAAAAAUAUUAGCAAUGUUUUAAUCAAAACUGUAAGAGAAGCACUUGAUAAAUAUUCAUGUAACUUUUUGUUGCUGUCGACGAAUGCUUUGUUUGAAACUGAAUUGCCUUUUUGGAAAUGGAAAAUAAAAAGUGCAAAGUUCAAUAUCUGGUCAAUUUUAGCUAGUUGCUUAGCUGGAAGAGCUCGUAUUACAUACCUAAGAAAUACUGGAUUAUCAGACACUUAUGAAGCAAUGAUCAAUAAAAUGCUUGCAUUUCAUAAAGCAGUGUCAACAAAUGAAGAAGUGCAGGAUUGCCCUUUGCUGUGGAAAUUAUAUAUGUUGCUGCUUCAAGAACAUAAUUUGUGCGAAAGAAAGGGAGAGGACAUAUAUUAUGAAGCUGUAUCUCAGUGUCCAUGGGCUAGAAGUGUGUAUAUAAGUGCAUCUGAAGUUGCACCUCAAAACUUACCACAAAUUCAAGACCUUAUUAAAGAAAAAGGACUGAGAAUGCAUGUUACUCUUGAAGAAUUAGACAUUUUAAGAGAAUAGACUUUAUUUUUUAAGUUUUGACUAUACUGUAAUAACUUAAAAUGAUUUAAAAUGAUGUUAAAUAUGUACAGAAUGUUAAUAAACAUAUGAAUAAUGUAUUUUCAAACAAA